UUUGUGUGUAUGUGACGUAGAAGUACAUGCAGUGCUUGCAAUGUGUACAUCAUUUAUUUAAUACUUCGUUCAAACUAAUUUAUAUUCAUUGAAAAUGGCUGAUGUAAAUAGUAUUUUUGAUUGUUUUGACGAUCCAAUGCAAAAUGAAGCUACUACACAAUUACCUAAUAUAGAAAACAAGGAAAAAGCGACGAACGAUGAAGAACCGUCUUCAAGUAAUAAACGUCCAUACGAAGAAGUUGAAUAUGCGGACACUAAAAAACCAAAACAAGAAGAGGAGGUUGAAGAAGACCUAAUGAGUGAUAUAAAUGUGGAGAUGUUAAGCUCAAGAAUAGUAAUUCAUACUCUAGAGACGCAUGAGGGUUGUACACAUGAAGUAGCUAUACCCCCAAAUCAUGAAUAUGCACCUUUAGCACAGAUUUCAACUGAGCCUGCUAAGCAAUAUAGCUUCAUACUUGAUCCUUUCCAAAAAGAAGCUAUUUUGUGUAUUGACAAUUUACAAUCCGUCCUGGUGUCAGCUCAUACAUCGGCUGGAAAAACUGUAGUUGCAGAGUAUGCAAUUGCAUUAUCGUUAAAAAAUAAGCAAAGAGUUAUAUACACAACACCUAUAAAGGCUCUCUCCAAUCAGAAGUAUCGAGAGUUUUCAGAAGAAUUCCAUGAUGUUGGUCUAAUAACUGGUGAUGUCACUAUCAACCCAUCGGCGUCAUGUCUUAUUAUGACCACUGAGAUUCUGAGAAAUAUGUUGUACAGAGGAUCAGAAAUUAUGCGAGAAGUUGGUUGGGUGGUGUUUGAUGAGAUUCAUUAUAUGAGAGACAAAGAGAGAGGUGUCGUAUGGGAAGAAACUUUGAUUUUGUUACCUGACAAUGUACACUACGUAUUUUUAUCGGCUACGAUCCCCAAUGCGAGGCAAUUCGCUGAGUGGGUGUGUCGCCUGCAUUCUCAGCCGUGUCACGUGGUCUAUACGGAGUACAGACCGACACCGCUUCAACACUAUAUAUUCCCAGCCGGAGGAGAUGGCAUACAUCUCGUUGUGGAUGAAAAAGGUCUGUUCAAAGAAGACAACUUCAACACGGCCAUGACGGUGCUGAGCAACGCGGGCGAGGCGGGCAAGGGCGACCAGCGCGGGCGCAAGGGCGGCCCGCGCGGGAACAGCAACACCAACAUAUUCAACAUCGUCAAGAUGAUCAUGGAGAGGAACUUCGCCCCCGUCAUCAUAUUCAGCUUCAGUAAGAAGGACUGCGAGCUGUACGCCAUGCAGAUGGCCAAACUGGAUUUUAAUACGAUCGAAGAAAAAAAACUAGUGGACGAAGUAUUCAACAAUGCGAUGGACGUGCUGUCGGAGGAGGAUCGCAAACUGCCGCAAGUAGAGAACGUGAUACCGUUGCUGAGGCGCGGAAUCGGCAUACAUCACGGCGGCCUGCUGCCCAUACUGAAGGAAACUAUUGAGAUAUUGUUCGGCUUAGGACUUAUAAAGGCGCUGUUCGCAACGGAAACAUUUGCCAUGGGACUGAACAUGCCCGCUAGAACAGUUGUCUUCACAAAUUGUCAAAAGUUUGACGGGAAGGACUUUCGAUUUAUAACGUCGGGAGAGUACAUCCAGAUGUCGGGUCGCGCGGGUCGUCGUGGUCUGGACGACAAGGGCAUCGUGAUCCUCAUGAUAGACCAGAAGGUCACGCCCAGCGUCGUCAAGUCUAUGGUGCAGGGCAAGGCAGAUCCCAUCAACUCCGCCUUCCAUCUUACUUACAACAUGGUCCUGAACUUGCUGCGAGUGGAAGAAAUCAAUCCCGAAUACAUGUUGGAGAGGAGUUUCUUCCAAUUUCAAAACCAAGCAGCGAUUCCGGAUUUAAUUGAUAAGAUGAAGGCGAAGCAGAAGCAGCUGGACCGCGUGUCGGUGUCGGACGAGCAGGCCGUGUCGGCGUACUGCGCCACGCGCGCGCAGCUCGAGCUGCUGGGCGCGCAGUUCCGCUCCUUCAUCACGCGGCCCGACUACCUCAAGCCCUUCCUGCAGCCCGGCAGGCUCGUCAAGGUGAAAACAGAAAAAUACGAAUACGACUGGGGAAUUAUCGUAAAUUUUAGACAUAAAACGGGCAAGGGUAAGAAGCCACAAGACGAGAACCCGCUGACCGCGGACACAGUUAUCAUAGUCGACAUUUUACUUCAUGUGAAGAAGAGCAAACCGGACGACACCGACACGAACAUGCCUUGUCCGCCGGGAGAGGCAGGAGACGUAGAAGUGGUGCCCGUUCUACACACUCUUAUAUACCAGAUCAGUUCACUCCGCGUCUACUACCCCAAGGACCUUCGACCUCCGGACAAUAGGAAAUCCGUUCUCAAGACGAUAGGUGAAGUCAAGAAACGCUUCCCAGAAGGACCUCCAUUGCUCAAUCCUAUAAAAGAUAUGAAAAUUGACGAUCCCGUAUUUAAAGAAUGUGUGGAUAGAAUUAAAAUUUUAGAAGAAAGACUGUACUCCCAUCCUCUACAUAAAGACAAGAACCGUGGAGCAUUGACCGCAGCCUAUGAAAAUAAACAGGAAAUAUACGAAGAAUUAAUGUCAGUUAAAUCGGAACUGAAAAAGGCGAAAAGUAUAUUACAGAUGGAUGAACUAAAGAAAAGGAAACGAGUACUUAGAAGAUUAGGUUAUUGUACGCUAUCCGAUGUUAUAGAAUUAAAAGGCAGGAUAGCUUGUGAACUGAGCAGCGCGGACGAGCUGCUGCUGACGGAGCUGAUCUUCAACGGCGUGUUCAACUCGCUGAGCGCGGCGCAGAGCGCGGCGCUGGUGAGCUGCUUCGUGUGCGACGAGGCGUCGUCGCAGGCGUCCGCCGCCGGCGAGGAGCUGCGCGCCGUGCUGCGCCAGCUGCAGGAGUACGCGCGUCGCAUAGCCAAGGUGUCGAUGGACGCCAAGAUGGACCUGGACGAGGACGAGUACGUGGGCAAGUUCAAGUGCACGCUCAUGGACGUGGUGCUCGCGUGGGCCAAGGGGGCCUCCUUCCUACAGAUCUGCAAGAUGACCGACGUCUUCGAAGGUUCAAUAAUUCGUUGCAUGCGUCGCUUGGAGGAGGUGCUCCGCCAGCUGUGCCAGGCCGCCAAGAACAUCGGCAACACCGACCUCGAGAACAAGUUCAGCGACGCCAUCAAGAUGCUCAAACGAGACAUCGUGUUCGCCGCCAGCUUGUACAUGUGAAACUACUUUAUCUAGUAAAAAUAUUUUUUACUC